CCUCCCCUCUGGUUCCAUCUAGACUCACCACUUGAGGGCUCCGGAAGCUCAGGCCCCCUUCCAGCCCCCCCCUCCCGCCUGCUGACCCCGCCCCUGGCCCACGAGGUGCUUAGCCCCGCCCCAGGCCAGGUCCCGACUUUGGCGACCCUUCCCGCUCCGGCCAUUCCCUGGAAGAUGCUACCGCCGCGACGUGGUUCCAGCCACCACACCCUCCUCCUCCUCGCGCUACUGCUGCCAUCACUGUCCAUGGCCCGGGCCCCCGCGCCCCCGGGCCCCACCGCAGCCCUGCUGCAGGCGCUUGGGCUCCAUGACGCGCCUCGGGGCGCCCCCAAGGCCAGGCCGGUGCCUCCACUCAUGUGGCGACUGUUCCGCCGUCGCGACCCCCAAGAGGCCAGGGUUGGCCAGCGAUGGACGUCCCUAGGGACCACCCCGCGACCGUGCCACGUGGAGGAGUUGGGGGUCGCCGGGAACAUCGUGCGCCACAUCCCGGAUCGCGGUGCGCCCGCCCGGCCCCCGGAGCCCUCUGCCUCGGCGUCGUGUCCCGAGUGGACUGUGGACUUUGACCUGUCGGCCGUGGAGCCCUUGGAGCUAGCAAGCCUGGCUCGCCUGGAGCUGCGGUUUGCGGCGGCGGGUCCCGGUGCUGCGGUGGCUGUGGGCAGCUGGGAGCUGAGCGUGGCGCCCGCGGGCCCCGGGCCCGUGCUGCUGCGCCAGGAGGUGCGCGCCCUGGGGCCACUGGUGCACGCCGAGCUGCCGGGCACGCCCUGGGCCCCGCACGUGUCUGCCCCACGCAGUCUCCGCCUGGCGCUAGCACUGCGGCCCCAAGUGCCCGCUGCCUGCGCCCGCCUGGCCGAAGCUGCGCUGCUGCUGGUGACCCUAGAUCCGCGCCUGUGCCACCCCUUGGGCCGACUCAGGCGAGAGGCCGAGCCUGCGGUGGGCGGCGUCUCCAGCGGCGCUGGCGGCGUCUCCAGGGGCGCUUGCCGCGCGCGGCGACUGUAUGUGAGCUUCCGCGAGGUGGGCUGGCACCGCUGGGUCAUUGCGCCGCGCGGCUUCCUGGCCAACUACUGCCAGGGCCACUGUGCGCUGCCCGGGCCCGGGGCGCCGCCUGCGCUCAACCAUGCAGUGUUGCGCGCGCUCAUGCACGCGGCCUCGCCCAGCAACGCCGGCCUGCCCUGCUGCGUGCCCGCGCGCCUGUCGCCCAUCUCUGUGCUCUUCUUUGACAACAGCGACAACGUGGUCUUGCGGCACUACGAGGACAUGGUGGUGGACGAGUGUGGCUGCCGCUGACCACAGUAAACACCUGUGCGGUUUCCUCUGCGUCCCCAGGAGCGGGGAGGAACCAUACUGCACCUCCUGAUGACCCUGGCAGGGCAGGGCAGG